AUGGACUGCUCGUGUGGGUCAGCAGCUGGUAGUCUUGUGAUAUCAACAAUCUGUACAACUUCUUGUCGACCGGUGCAAGCGGCUGGUCGUCUUGUGCUUCUCGCCCAACCUCAAGCUGUUGACCAGCCUGCUGAAGCCUUUGUGUGACGUGGACUGCAAGGCAGGCCUCGGCGACGAGCAACUCAGCAGCUUCCUGCAUGCCAGCCGCGUCUUUGCGGUAAUCUCACGCAGCUGUUUCGCUGGAGUCGAGGAAGCACCUGGACAACAAUAUCCAGAAGGUCAGCCAAAUGCACACACACUCAGGUGGUGACCCUUCGAGUCCUGGUUGCUGUCGAUUCGGCGUGCAGGAGUCAGAGGAGCUGCAUGUGGUGCUGCGCGUGAGGGUGGCGUGCGGCGGGCAGGGAAGGAGCAGGAGAAGGAGCGUGCCCCCGGCUGUGCGUGUCGUGAUCUGGUCAGCCAUCAGCGGCGCGCAGAGGAGGCCGAGCGAGUGGGCAGGGCAGCAGCUGAGCAAAAGCUCAAAGCGGUAAGCCGACGACAUACAGCAUGCACAGAAUGUCCAUGCUGUUCUGUCUAUUCUCAUCAGACUUUGGUGGAGCUCGGAGCCGCCAAACUACUCGAGGUGCAUCCCAAGGCCUACACUGCCUCGUGUGUGUGCUGCAUGGCUCAUGUGUUUUGUGUUGUGCAGUCGUCUCUGCGUGCGGGGCUCACCGGUGCAGCCACACGCGAGAUGGCCCUGGUGGAGCAGCUGAGGGAGGCCCAUCGGCAGCGGAGGGAAGCACAAGAGCAGCUGAGGGAGGCCCAUCGGCAGCGGAGGGAAACACAAGAGCUGCAACAGCAGGCCGUCACUGACCUACAGACAAGAGCGCAGACACACCAGUUGGUGAGCAAGGCAGAUCACACACGUGUGCAGAGAGAGGAGGGUUUGAAUGCUGGUUCUGUGUGUGUUGUGUGUGUGGAUGGGUGGUGUGUGUGUUGAUGGUCAGUUGAGGGCCCUCCAGUCGCAGUUGGACCAGGGCGCUGAGCAGCUCGCCCAGGCCGAGCAGACCGUGCAGCAGCUGCAGCAGCAGCGAGACGAGAGAGACGCCGAGCUCUCGGCAGCCCAGGAGGGGCUCUCGACCGAGGGGCAGGCCAUUGCACAGAGAAACAGAUCUGUGUGUGUUGUGUGUGUGUGGAUCUGUCAGGCUAUGGACGACCAGCGCCGCGAGUCGGGGGAGAAGGCCGGCAAGGACCGGUCCAGGCUGGAACAGCAGAUCACAGCACAGGAGGUACGAACCAAACGCACACACACACACAGAUAGAUCAGUGCAGGCAACCCUCUGAAAUGAACGAACCCAUGUGUCUGCGUGAGUGUGUGCAGCUGGAGUUCAAGAAGAAAUCGGAGGCGCUGGAGAGCCACAACGCCCACGUGGAGCGGCAGCUCAAGGCCGCCAACCAGAAGCACGACGAAGAGGUCUGCAUGAAACCCCCACACUCAUACUCACGCCCAUUUCUCUCUGCGUCCGUGUGUGAGCAUGCUCUGCAGCUGUCCGCCGAUUUCGAGGGCAAUGCCUUCUGGCAGCACAAAAUACUCGGUGGGCCUACCUGUUCACAUGGCUCAUAUGGCUUUUGCCACACACACAGACAGAGAGAGAGAGAGACACGAAUCCAUCUGUGUGUGUGCGUGCGUGUGCAGGGACGUGUGUGUGUGUGUCAGUUGAUGGCAGGCAGGGAGGCAAGCAAGCAAGCAAUCGCUGUCUACAUUUUAUAUCUCAGUAGGUUCAUGUCUCGAGAUGCGCGCGGAGAGAUGAUGUCGCACCUGGACAAGAACAUCCAGAAGGUCAGCCAAAUACACACACGCUCAGAGGUGGCCUCCGAAUUCUGGUUGCUGUCGAUUCGGCGUGCAAGAGUCAGAGGUGCACGUGGCGCUGCGCCUCAGGGGCGGCGGGCAGCGGAAAAGGAAGGGGCAGGAGAAAGAGAGCGACACAGCUCCUUGGCCCCCCCUCACCGUAGGUGUCAGUGGAAGAGAAUAGAACCGGUGAUGGAUUCUGAGCUGUGUUUCUCUUGUACCCACAGCAAUCUGCACCGCCGCCGCCAGCCUCUGAAGACCCGUCCGUCAUCUUGACCAAGUGGGCCUACUACGACCCAGUCUACGAGGUCGAGCUGACGGACGGGCAACUCAAGGAGGCCGCAGAAAUAUCCCAGUGUGCUAUCGAGUAGGCGUCAGCUCGAAUAUCUUGGCCGUCUUUGGUCACGGUUGUGGGCUGCUUUCAGGAGGGACAAAGACGAGGGCUGGCUGAAGAUUACGGGCACGGAAGCCCAGAGGGGCACCGCGAGAAUUGUUCUCGACGAGGCGGUGAGCUACACGCAAAUUGGCUGAUGCCAUUUGUAGCUUGUGGUCCUUUUGAGCGCUUUUAGGAAGCACGAGGAUUAGAGGCCAGCAGCAGCAGCAGCAGCCAAGUGAGAUUGAGAUAGAAGCGGCAGCGCUCAUGCACUCAUCGGCCGGCCGUCCGGCUGUGUGUGUUGUGAUCUGGUCAGCCAUCAGCGGCGCGCAGAGGAGGCCGAGCGAGUGGCCAAGGCAGCAGCUGAGCAAAAGCUCAAAGCGGUAAGCCGACGACAUACAGCAUGCACACAACGUCCAUGCUGUUCUGUGUAUUCUCAUCAGACUUUGGUGGAGCUCGAAGCCGCCAAAGUACUCGAGGUGCAUCCCAAGGCCUACACUGCCUCGUGUGUGUGCUGCAUGGCUCAUGUCUUUUGUGUUGUGCAGUCGUCUCUGCGUGCGGGGCUCACCAGUGCAGCCACACGCGACAGGGCCCUGGAGGAGCAGCUGAGGGAGGCCCAUCGGCAGUCGGAGGGCAAGGUGCGCCUCCGCGUGUGUAUAUGUGGGUGUGUGGGUGUGGAUGGGUGGUGUGUGUGUUGAUGGUCAGUUGAGGGCCCUCCAGUCGCAGUUGGACCAGGGCACUGAGCAGAGCCGGGCUGCCGAAAUGGAGACGCUGCGGAAAGAACUUGCCAGGCAUGCAGGCCGACCAUCCCCACCGAAAUGAAUGCCACUACAUAUAUCUUUUCUCUCUCUCUCUCUGUGUUUGUGUGUGUGCCGCGUGCAGACCAUGGUGGACGUUUUUUUGUUGCUGUUGCGGUCCCCGCCCUGGCCACCACUGAUUGUGUGCGUCCGUCCGUCCCUUUUGUGUUUAUGUGCGUGUGUGCAGCCUGCAGCCAGCCCUUUCUAUGCCCCCCUCCCCUCCCCUCUCCCCCCGUCCCCUUUGUCUGUGUUGCCUAGCUGUCUCUCUACUGUUCGACUCUUGGCUGUCUGUCGCUCUGUGUGUGUGUGUGUGUGUGCAACGCCCUCGCUCCGUGCAGUGAGAGGGAUGCGUACAUAUCAGAGGUCCAGAGUGAGCGCGACGCCCUCACCAAGCAGUGCCAGGCCCUGCAGGAAGUUCGGGUAAGUCAAUAGGACACCCACCGUUUCCUUUCUCUUUCUCUGCACGGAAUGUGUGUGUGUGCAGGAAGAGCAGGAGGGCGAAUUGGGGAGACUGCAGAGCGAGAAGAAUCUACUAAUAGGUCACACUCGCGCUCAGACGUGAUUCACACACACACACACGUCUCUCCCUCCCCCCUAUCCACUCAUCGUCCAACCAGGCCGACCAGCACACUGACCUGCAGCACACAUGUGGACGUCAAGAGGCCGACAUCGAGGCGCUCAAAAGGUGAGCACUUGGCAAGAGCACCAUUCACCCCACCCAUCCCUGUGUGUAUGUGUUCGUGUGCAGCGAGUUGGCGGAGACGCGAACGGUCAAGCAGGAGAUGCACACGGAGCUCACCGCAGCGAAGGAGGACCUGCAGAGCGAGAGGAGCGCGCUGGCGGUGCUGCAGCGGGCCCACGACGACCUCAAGGCCCAGACAGAGACACUCGAGGACACACUCAGAUCCACACAGAAGUAUGACUGA